AUGUCAGCCACGCGCACGCCAGUACAAAGUAGCCUGCGCCUCUUCCAUCUGGCGGCCCCCCCGGCAGUGUCGCUAGUUCGAGCACCCACGCCAUCGAAUAGUGCAAGCGGCCACUUGGUACUGGGAUGCGCGAGGGUGAUGGCCUAUGAUGACAGAGCGGUGGCUCUUCAAAGCUGCGGAAGAUUUCGAGUGGCCAGUGAAGAAGCGCAUCACCUAGCAUCUGUCAUUCAAUGCAGUGCGUUUUGGGCGUGCAGCGCCGCCAGCUGGUACAAGGUGCGGCAGGUCUGCGACACGCCUACGCCGGGUGCUGCUGCAGAGCCAUUGGAAAAGAAGCAGUAUAGGUGGCAUGGCCCAAGGACUCAAAGAGGGACGGGGUGGGUUGGUCUGGAGUCGAGGGCCGCGAGAGGAGCCAAGCGCAGCGGGAGACGCUUUGCUUUUCUGACAUGGCCGGACGAUUGUUUGGCAGAAGAAGAGCCCCUUCCAAAAGCUGGCCCGUUAGCUGUCCUUCACUUCCCACCCUGCAGCUUUGAUGCUGACUACUCGCCCACGGCCGAGGCGGAUGAGCUGAGCUACGUGGCCGAGACUUGGCUGGAGAGUCUUUUGAUUCUGUGCGUUGGUGAAGUCAGGGACGGGGGCCAUAUGCCAGAUUCGGAUCCGGAAGAAAGAAAGCUGGUGGUGGUGGAAGUAGUGGUUGAGUCGAGGACGGAGCUACACCGAUAG